UUCUCAUGACCGGACACGGAGAGAGGCAAAGGCAAAGGCAAUUUCCCCUCCCGUCCAAACCCACGCGGAUCAUCGCCCUAUUCGCUCCCGCUCCCGUUCCCGUUAUUCUCUUUCUUAAUAAAAAUAAUAAAAAACAAAAAUUCCUAAUUCAACGAACCUAAAUCCAAUCAAUCGGCGCAAAAUAUCGGUGACCAAACCACAGACGUUACGUGACGCAGUCACCCAUGACAAUUAUGCUGCCGAAAUCGCGUGACCGUCGUCCACACGCGCGCCCCCCGGCGAUGCCCUCCCCAGUCCCCAGUCAGACUCAGCCCUAUUCCCUUCCCUUCUUCCCUCUCCAUACACAUAUCCCUUUCCCUCCCCGCCGCCUUCCGCAUCGUCUCUUUUUCUUCAUUGUCUAAUCGUCCUUUCUCACUCUUGGAAAUUUUCCUUGAAUUGUUACAGAUAUUGAUCUAUGGAUGAUUUAGUGGAAUCUUCGACUCCUCAGGGACAUCCUCCGUCUCGGCAAGUUCCCUCCCGUGAGGACUGUUGGACGGAGGAGGCCACAUCGACGCUUGUGGACGCCUGGGGACGUCGUUAUUUGGAGCUCAACCGCGGCAAUCUCCGUCAAAAAGAUUGGCAGGAGGUGGCUGAUGUGGUGAACGCACGCCACGGCCACACCAAGAAGACUCGCCGCACCGAUGUUCAGUGCAAGAAUCGGAUUGAUACGCUGAAGAAGAAGUACAAGACCGAGAAGGCGAAGAUCUCCGACUCCAACGGAACUCUGACGUCGUCGUGGCCCUUUUUCUCUCGUUUGGAGUUUUUGAUCGGAUCUAAUUUCAACAAACAUCAGAGUAAGCUGACCUCGUCGGCUAUGCCGUUGGCAUCAUCUCAAUCUACGCAGCCGUUAUCUCUGCCUUCGCCGCCGAUGGCUGUGCCGUUACCCUACCGGAAACCGCUCCCUUCCGCUAUGGUAAUGCCGGUGAUUCUGCCACAGAAACGUCCGACGCCAUCGCCGCCCGUGGACGAGUCGUAUUUCAGGAAGAAUUAUUCAGUUGCGGCUGAGGAUGAAACGGAGGAAGAUGAUGGAUACUUGGAGGGAGAGGAAGCAGAGGGGAGCGAAGAUAGGGCUCCCGAGGAGGAAGAGGUAGGGGAGGAAGGCAUGAGGCGACUGGCCAAGGCUAUAGAGAGGUUUGGGGAAAUUUUUGAGAAGGUGGAGGGUAUGAAGCAGAGGCAGAUGGUGGAGUUGGAAAAGCAGAGGAUGCAGUUUGCCAAAGAUUUGGAGGUUCAGAGGAUGCAAUUGUUUAUGGAUACACAGGUCCAGCUAGAGAAGAUCAAGCAGGCCAAGCGUUCUAGAUCUUCUGAUGUGCUGCAGAUGUGUAUAGCUAGCAAUGCUGGAAUGAGCUUGAUGGAAUCCUUUGUGGAAGAGCUGGGGCACGUGAACAACUUGCCCUUUGACUUAUGUUUCUCGCUGUUAAUAGUUGAAGAAGAUUUUUACUUGGAAAAGAAUUCAGAUGUUAACUCUGUCAUGAGGGUUCCAUUUCUUAAUAUUGUGUAUGCCAAACUAAAUCCACUGUUUGGCCUGUUUAAAACUAUUAAUCUUUACUAUUCUUUCAAGGAAGGAGGAGCUGUGUUUUACUAUGUUUUCAUAUUACAUUAUGCACAUUUGGCUGGACAGAUUCAGGUUAUUGUUAUUUGUAAUGCUAAGUUGUACUUAUCUUGUGCCGUGGACUAACCCUUUCGACGACAGGGUCGUAUUAUUCUUUUUGUUUGGUGUUAUGCUACCUA